AUGCGAAAUAUUGUCCGUAAACCACCAAAAGCAAGAAGACACAAGCAUGGAACAGAUUCUCCCACACCUCCAUCAGAAGGCACCAACCUCACUGACACCUUUUUGGACUUCCAGACCCCAGAAUUCUUCAUCACAGAAUUAACAAUGAAACUUAGAAUGGCAUUGAAUCACUGCACCCCACAUAUGAACCUUAGCAACCUGAAAUCUGAAAAUCUCUACAUUCACAAGGGCUCUUCAGAAGAGGAACCUAAGGCACAAAGAUUUGUCAAAGAUCACUUUGAACUAGCACAGCUAGAACUUGAAACCAAGGUAUCUGACUCCCAGAAUGUGGUGAAAAUCAUUGGAAGUAAACACUUUAGGUGCCUUCUAAAGAAGCCAAAGAUCAAGGAAAAUGAGAACUUGAGCAGAACUCAAACAGUACUCCAGAAAUCCAUGAAUGGUGGUACAAGGCAGAUGAGCACAGACCCCCCAGUUCCUACUUAUCCUACUGAUCAACAACUCAAUCAUGACCCAGAGGAUAAGGAAGAAAGCAAGGACCCAGAGAACAAUCAGAAACCAGAGAACAACCAGAAAGUCCUAAAAAGAGCACUCAGUAGCAGAUUUCUGGAUAGCAAAAGGAGUGACGAAUACCCAAACUUUCCUUGGGGACUCCUCAAAGCAAGUUCUUCUUAUGGUAAUGGAAACAUUUCAAGAGGACAGACUCAACCACAAGUACAUUUUAAGUCUUUGCUUAUGUCAUGUCCACUAAUAUCCAUCCCAUUGGCCAAGGCAAGCCACAUGGCAAAGCACAAUACCACUCAGGUGAAUUAUGGAAAGCUCCUCUGGUUUUUACAUACUGCAGCUUCCGAUGAUCCACCACAAAGCAAAGAAGCUGCAGGCAGCAACCAGAGGAAAUCUCAGGGUUGUCAUCAUCAUGGCCAAAGGUUCUUUCUUUCUUUCCUUGGGCAUAGUGCUCCUAGGCUUCUAGAACAGAGUACUGCUCCUCCAGAGGCCAGCCCACAGUCAGAAGUGGGCGAGAACCUACUGGAGAUCCUGAUGGCACUAAGGACAAUCCAUGGCAAACUCAACAUAGAGGGCCUCAGUCUGAAUUUCCAGAAGGAAGACUACUCUUUCUCUGGCUCCCUGCCCCCACCCAAGAAUUACCUAGGGAAUUCUUCAGAAGUCCUGAGCUGGGUUCUCACCCCUCGAGAUUCUGAUUUAAUUGGUCUGGUGUGCCGCCCAGGCACUGAGACUAAAGGAGCUCUGUACAGUAUAUGUAUUGCCAGUAAGAAGCUUGUGUUAUUUUGGUGGAAAACUCCAAAAGAAGAACCACAACCAAAAAACCUUCCUGCUGAGAUUUCAGCCACCUAAGAUUCCCUGAAUGCUCUGAAGUUCAGGCCAGUCUCACAGCCUUUUUUAAGUCCAACCAUGAAGAACCAGUCUGAAGAAUAUGAGACAUGGAUUGACAGGUUCAAGAAGCUGGAAAAUGCCCUCUAGCUGUGUGAUCGGAGUAAUACAGGAGUCCUGGAGAAGGAAUAGGCCAGAUGCCUCAUUCACAACUACAAUCUCAUUUACAACCUGUCCCUGAGCCCUCAGAAAAUUGACCAAGCCUUGAGGUAAUUCCGUGAGGGAGAAAAUCUGCUCUUGGAGCCAGCCCUUCGGUACUUAAAGGAGCUAUGAUAACAAGCCCAUAUUGUGAGAACAGAUGUUUCUUUUAUCUUCCUUUUUACCCAGACACGUGUUUCUCCCUGGCCUCAGUGAGGCUGAUACGGUGACUGGAGAUCUGGAGAUGCUCUAGACUUGGACUUUUAUUCUGGCUAUAAUGCUCCCUCAUAAACAGCUCAGAGUGACCUCCCCC